AUGCCAUUUGAACAGCCGGCACAAGAUGAUUCUACUGGGGCCCCAAAUAAUGAAUCUGAUCCCUCCAUGGAGAAUCCAGGAGUCAUACUCCCAGGUCGUGUUGAUACCGCCCCCUAUUCCCACUUCGAUGCUGAGUCUUUGAAUAUGGUGGUGCCUAAGACAAAUCCUGAAAGUGAAGAAGAGCCAAAUGAUUUGGUGUAUGCUAGUUUCAUUAUGGAUAGGACUAAGCCAGUGGUAAGUUUAGAGCCACCUCCUAAGAGACCUACUACUUGGUUGCAACAAAAUAAGGCUCUAGAAAUUGCCCUCAAGAAGAGUAAAAAUAGUAGAAGAAGGAGAAGAUUGGUCAAAGAUGGAAAUGUUGUACAAGUAGAGGAUGUUCCUGUAGUGGAUGUGGAUGAGGAAACCAAAAAGGAACCUAGUUCCCUGUCCCGCAAUAAAAAGUUGGCAAGAAGUUCUGGUUACGAGACAGUGAAGGAGGGUGGUGACAAGUCUGAUGAGGAAGAAUUGGAGAAAUCUAGUGAACAUAGAGAGAGCAAGUCAGUGGAGAAGGAAAAGUUUGUCGGCAAGUCAGUGAAAAGAAAGUGGGAUGAUGAUGAUGAUAAUAUGGAACCUCGUUCCGUCAAGAAAGGAAAAGUGAGUGAAACUCUGAGGUCUGAGAAAAGGAAGUUGGAGAAUCAGAAAGUGCUGUGUGGCCGCACAUUUGCCUCUGACAUUCUAGAGAGUGCUGGGAUGAGACAAUUAGUGGAUAUUUUUAAUGCUCAACAAUGGACCAAUUUGUUUACAAGUGAGGCUGCUAUAGUGUAUAAGGACGAGGUGCGGAGUUUCUACACCAGCCUCUUCACAGUUGAUGGUGAUCAAAUCUGUGUGUUGGGUGCUUGCACACCAAACUUCAGAAAUGCCAUUUUCAAGGACAAGGCAGUACAACAUGGGGAACAUGUGCAUAAGAAUGCACUCUUUCCAGUUUAUCAGCUACUUUUUGAGAUGGUUAACAAAGUAUUUCUUCCCCGCGCCGAAAGAAAAUCUAUUGAAUCCAAAGCUGACCUAUUCCUUACGGAGACUUUGGAAAAUUUCUCCUCCAUCAAUUUGCCUGCCAUAAUGAUUGAGCAUAUGCAGAAGGUAGGGAACCUCAAAGACGGGAGCCCUGGACUACCUUAUGGUUUCUUUCUCACAAAGGUCUUUGAGUUUUUCAAAGUACCUCUAGGUCAGGCCAAAGUGGGCACGAAAAAGCAAUCUUUUUCGAGAACUACUCUGAAGGAGUGUGAGUGUAUUGACAAAUUCGGAGGAGUUGGAAGUACUUCCACAAUCUCUCAACUGAUAAAUGCUCAGAAUAAUACCACAGAGGAGAUCCGAAAGUUGAAGGCUAGGAAAAUGAUUCUUGAGAAUCAGCUCAGUCAGUUGCAAGAGGUACCUGGUUCCAGUGGUUCUCACAGCGCAAUGGUUGCACGCCUAUCAAAGGAGAACGCUGAUCUAAGGAAACAUGUGGAGGACCUGAAAGAAAGACUGCUCAAUGAGCAAUUGUCCAUGAAUGCUCGCAUGGAUCUUGUCCUCCAAACUCUUGCUUCCUCUUCCUAG